AUGGCCGCUUUAAAUGAAACUACAAGCAAUAAUCGGUUACACAAUUGCGUCGCUCCGCCAUCACCGACGGACUUUAUCGACUGCAGUUGCUAUACUCUAAACUUCAUGGAACGUAAAUUCUUGAAUAUAGGCAUCGACCCGACGGACGCGUUCGCCGUCAAAGUACGGAUAAUAACACCGUCGCGGUACGUGAACCUAACACCGGAUUUCCUAGCACGUAUUUAUUCACUCAUGGAUAAAAUCCUGUCGGUCGUACUCGACACUCCUAAGUACAAAUGUCAUUUAUUCCUGGAGACCGCGUUAUUUAAGGUGUCGCAUUGCGUGUUAAAUCAAGAAAACCACCUCGUAAUAGAAUUGAAAACCGCAACCGGGUUCCGUGUGUUAUUAAAUAGGUAUGAUUUGUUUAGAUUAGAAAAUUUGAAACGUUGUAUUCUCGAAACGGUUGCGCGAAAAACCGUCAGCAGCAGACCGGCGGUACUAAAACAAUUCGAUCAUGUCAGUGAUUACAUAAAUAAAACGAUCGCCAAAAUGAGAACGCCGCCGUCGGACAUGAAUGAAUUACGGAUGUUUAUAAAAAGCGUUCAGGAUGAAAAAAUCGUAUCGAGCAUGCCGAAAAAAGGCGUCAACUACGCCGCACAAAUCAAAAUGUUCGCGACCACUCAAUUGGCCGAGUGCUGGGUGAACGCGCGGAGCGCGGGUAAUUUAUCGGUUAUAACGCCGUCGUCUAGCCGUUCGGCGCCGCCAACGCAUGCCGCAGGGAGAUCCGACCACAGCGACGGGCCGCGAUGUACCGCACGUGCACCGGCGCCGGAUGAACGGGCGGACGAAGACGAUGAAUCGGAUUCCGCGGUGCCAGAAACGGGACGGGGUGCCAAACGGAAAUUUUCUUCGUAA